AUGGCGUCGCCGGAGCGGGAGGCGGUGGCGGCCGCGGCCGUCGUGGAGGACGUGCUGAGGAUGCACGGGGAAGGAUUUUCAGGAGGAGUAGGCGGUGGAGGUGAAGUGGUGGUGAUGGGGCGGAACAUUGACAUGGCCUGGCGCAAGGCUGAGGUGGCCGCAGUAAGAAGGAAUGAAGCAGCCAGUUGGUUGCGAAGGACAGUAGGGGUAGUCUGCGCGAGGGACCUUGCAGAAGACCCAUCGGAAGAGGAGUUCCGGGUUGGCCUGAGGAGUGGCAUCGUUCUUUGCAAUGCAGUCAAUAAGAUUCAGCCUGGAACCGUACCCAAGGUUGUGGAGGUCCACUCGGUUUCUACUGUCCCUGCAGAUGGUUCAGCUCUCUGUGCAUACCAGUACUUUGAAAAUGUGAGGAAUUUUCUCACAGGCCUACAAGAUUUAGGUCUCCCAACGUUUGAGGUUUCUGACCUGGAAAAGGGUGGACAAGGUGUCCGAGUUGUAGAUUGUGUUCUCGCUCUGAAAUCAUUUGCUGAAACAAAGCACCUGGGCAAACAAUCUUUAUUUAAACAUGGUGGCAUUGUAAAGCCUUCAAUGUCUGCGAAAUGCUGUGUUCGUAAGAACGAACCUUUUAUGAAGGCCAUGACGAGGAGUCAAUCAGCUGAGCUACUCCGGGAUGGUGUAUCACUGGAGCAAACAGUAGGUCUUGAUUGUUCGCUAGAACCCACCGAAACUAUUACUUCAGACUCGAUCAGAAUGCUUGUUCAAACAACUCUCUCGGAUAAAAAACCAGAAGAAAUUCCAUUGCUUGUUGAAUCACUCCUGAGCAAAGUUAUUCAUGAAUUUGAGCGUCGUAUGGCAAACCAGAAUGAUCUGGUGAAAUACAAUCCCAAUGACAGUAGCUCAUUAUCUAGAACAGAGUCAACAGACACACCACUGGAAACGGAGGCAACUUCCACCUGCGAUCAUGGGAAGAUGGACGAAGAAGACAUGCACAAAGAAGAAAAUAAUUCUGUCACUAAUCAUGUGAAGAUGGAAGAAGACAAAAAUUCUGUCACAAAUAAUGUAGAGAUAGAAGAAGACCAAAAUUCUGUUAGUACGAUGGGGGAGGUCAGUGCUUCUGUGCCAGAGAGCUGUGAUGACGUGGAAAAACGUAUACAGGCAAAGGCAGAAAUACAUUUUGAGCUACAGCAGAAACAUAUCCAGGAUUUGAAAAGAAACAUUUCUACUGUUAAGUCUGGUAUAGAGCAGUUCAAAUCGCAGUACUCUGAAGACCUUGCUAAGCUUGGAAAUCAUUUGCAUAUUAUUUCUCAUGCGGCUUCUGGGUAUCAUAAAGUUCAAGAGGAAAACCGCAAGCUGUACAACCAAAUACAAGAUCUUAGAGGGAAUAUAAGAGUGUACUGUCGAGUGAGACCUUUCCACCCUGGAAAGGAAAGUGCCUCGAGCAGUGUUGCUGGUAUAGAAGAUAGAACUAUCACUGUCAUGACUGCAGCGAAACAUGCAAAAGAUGCGCGGAAAUCUUUUACUUUCAAUAGGGUCUUUGGACCCUUAGCCACACAAGCGGAGGUCUUUGCAGACAUGCAGCCUUUAAUCCGUUCUGUUCUUGAUGGCUACAACGUGUGUAUAUUUGCUUAUGGACAAACUGGGUCAGGGAAGACCUUUACAAUGAGUGGUCCAAAAAUAUUGACAGAAGAAGGGCUCGGUGUCAACUAUAGGGCUUUAAAUGAUCUGUUCCAUAUUCAAGCACAGAGGAAGGAUACAUUUUCUUAUGAAAUUUCUGUGCAGAUGCUUGAGAUCUACAAUGAACAAGUGAGAGAUCUGCUUCAUAGCGGUCCAAACAAGAAAUUAGAAAUUCGCAAUAGCUCGCAGAAAGGUAUUGCAGUUCCAGAUGCAAACAUAGUCCCGGUCACAUCGACCUCCGAUGUGGUUGAUUUGAUGAAUCUUGGUCAAAAGAACCGUGCAGUUUGCUCAACAGCCAUGAAUGACAGAAGUAGCCGCUCUCAUAGUUGUCUAACAGUCCAUGUUCAAGGGCGAGAUCUUGCAUCAGGCACAAUCCUAAGAGGCUGCAUGCAUCUUGUGGAUUUAGCUGGCAGCGAAAGAGUUGAUAAAUCUGAGGUUGUAGGAGACAGACUGAAGGAGGCACAACACAUAAACAAGUCACUGGCAGCACUAGGAGACGUCAUCGCGUCCCUCGCCCAAAAAAAUGCCCAUGUUCCUUACCGAAAUAGCAAACUUACUCAGUUACUGCAGGACUCUCUUGGAGGACAAGCAAAAACAUUGAUGUUUAUUCACAUAGCCCCUGAGCCGGACGCCAUUGGGGAAUCAAUAAGCACUUUGAAGUUUGCGGAGAGAGUUGCCACUGUUGAGCUUGGAGCAGCCAAGACAAACAAGGAAGGAGGAGAAGUCAAAGAGCUCAAAGAACAGAUUGCUUGCCUCAAGGCAGCUUUGGCUAGCAAAGAUGGAGAAAAUGAGAACAUACGCAGUUCGCAUUCGAGCCCAGACAUACUAAGAGACAUUAAAAUCGGGCAUACAUCCCCUGCAUCCGGGUACCCAAUGGAAGAAGUUGGAUGUGUGGAGACCCAAAGCAAUUGCACUCCAAGGCAGACCAAGCCAAGCUUUGAAUUAUCAGAUGUUCAUGUAGAGAGUGAUCCAUCUUUGUGGAUCGAUGCUUGCAAUGGCGACAAUACCCACUUGAGGAGCAGUAAUUCCUUGCCAGAGUUGGGACCUGAUGCUACACAUGACUUUGCCUUGUAUCAACGAAGCAGUCCCGAACAACAAUGUAGUUGGGCUGGGUCUGUCGCGACGGAGGAUUCAGAUGACUGUGAGGUUGCAACUACUUGCUCAUCGGAACAAGAUUCGGUGCGGCCAGCCAGCGCCCCAAAAGCUUCAGCUUUCGCCAAUGGGUCCAGCUCAGCUGCAAAGAAGGCCCAGACCAAGAGUGUAAAAAGUACAGACAUCAGAGGGACAAAUCCUGCAAAAAAGAUAUCUCCAUCACUGAAAAAAGCGAAUGGAGCUGCUCAUGUUCCAAUCAAGAAUGGUAAACAAUCAGCCUUAGGCGGGGUUGAUGGAAGGAAGACCCCAAAUGGUAAAGUGAGCACCAAGAAGUAAGCAAAUCAUGUGGAGCUGGAUUUUGUUGUGACCCAUCCUUACCAGGGCCAGAGAUAGCUAGAUAAAUAUGUUGAGCCCCCUGAAGGGUACUGGGCAGCCAAAUAUUCUGACCCUCUUGAAAGGGUUCUUGAAUUUUGAGUGAUGUAGAUUGAUUAGUCAUUUGUUCAUUCAUUCAAGCCAUUAUAGUGCAAAUAGAAAAGGAUCCAAGAAAAACCAUGGGGUCGAGGAAAAUGGUCAGCAAUGAGGACUUGCUUUGGAUA